AUGUUCUUUUCAGCUUUCACAACACUCCUUCUCCAUACCUUGACUUAUUUCCGUCUCCGUGGAAAUAUCAUCGUGGAGGGGUGGCGCGUCAGAUUCCGUUGGAUCAGCGGAGCCAAAGCCUGGAAGCUACAGGAGGUCCGGGAUCAUGUAGACACCUACAUGACAACUGUCGCACUGCAGAUGAUCUGGCAAGUUCUUACAUACCAGUCCAUCAAUGCUUUUCUCUCAAUUGAUAACAUCUCAUUUCUUCGUUUCCAGGUUGCCGGUAUCAUAUGGGAUUUUCUUCAUGCCAAUAGCUAUAUCCAGGUUUGUUCAAAGUAGCUCUCGAUCCGUUCCAUUUCCUGGGUGGUAUUCGCGGACUCGUUGUUUAUGCUGUCAGGUACAAGUAUAUCUAAUUCUUAGUCGCUCCAGGCAACUUAUACCCUUUACCCAGGAUUCGUAACUGUCAUGAUGUUCUUGAGGAUCCGCAAGCACCUCCCUCAUAAUACUGUUCUACCAACGUUCAAUAUCCCACGCAAGCCUCCACCUGGCACCGACUCGCUCGAAAGAAUCCACUCGAUGGUAUCUCCCACGGGCUCAGAGAAAUCAUUCGGGACGUUCGACCGUGACUCUGAUCACCAGAUGCAGAUGCGAAGCCGGGUUCUCGCUGUUGUGAAUCCAGAACCGCCGUCCCCUCUCACAUCCGCCGCUGAGUCACCCGUUCCAAUCCUCGGCUCCAGCAUUCCAAAGCCCUCGCCACUGCAUCUAAGCAGCGGGCCCCACAUCUCCAAUCGAACGGUGCUGGAUCAUGGCACCGAUAAAGAUGAUGAGCCGUAUUCGCACCACUACACUGACGACGUUCACUCGGAUUAUCACUCGGAUUAUCAUUCAGAUUAUCCAAGUGAGAGCGAGUACGAAGAACACCAUGAGGAUCAUUUUCGGACACCUCGAGCUCCCCCUGUUCCGGAUGUUAAUGAGGGCAGGAGUGAGCUUGUGCAUAAUAACGUGGAACAUAAGAGCUCGUCGCGUCUCAGCGGUUGGGAGACACAGCUUUCGGAAUACUUUGACGACGUCGAUCUGUCACCUCGAACUCCGAUUGCAGGAUUAAGACUCAAAUCUGCUCAGCCCGGUUCUGCAACCACACCUACGAGACGGAUAUAAAGGCGGGCGGCCCUAUCUGACUAACCCCUCAUGCGCCACAAUGCCACCUGGGACAUUUUGAAGUCUGGCAUUCAGGAACAAUGAAUGUUAUAUCGUC